AUGGCGGCGCUGCGCGAGUUUCUAUUGGCAGCGGAGCGCACUCACCAGCCUUUAGACGAUGCGCUGUUAUCGUUUUCCCGCGCAUUGCUUUUAUCGCCACCCACUGAAACCAAUGAUGCGUCUCAGUUCACUGCCGAGAAUGCGUCCUCGCUAUCUCUCCAGUUCCUGGCCAUCCACUCUCAAUGUGAGCUUCUAUUGCGCGUGUGGCCAGACCAACACGGUGUUGGUACUCGCUGGGAACGACGUGAGAGCUUUGCAGAAUUUCUACAUCUCGUCACGCACUUGUUAAAGACGCAACAGCGGCAAGAUGCCACGCAGGCUGAUGCGUUGGCUCUCCGUGUAGUGCGCGAAAAGACCUCGCAACUUGAAAAACUUUUGACUUGGAGUGACAAGCCACUUAUUGAAUUUCGUGCGUUGGAACUUCUUGCAGCAGUGGCAAAAGUCAGUGGUGCUACAGCUCGAGAGCUUGUUCGAUUGUUCAACUUCCAGUGUCCAGCCUUUGUGAAGCUGGCGACAAGGCGCUGGAAGAAGCCCGAGGUUAUGGAAGAUGGAAAAAUUGUCGAAGCAUCGUUCCAACUAAGAGCGGCUUAUGUCGAUCUUGUGUUAGCACUUACUGCGUGUCCAGAUACAAGUGUCUUCCGUUUUGCUACCAAAGAGGGUGGUCUAACAUCAACGUUGUUUAAGAGUUUGGACGGCGACUCGGUUACAAUGCUGACGACAAUAUUUGAUCAAUUGGGGAACUUGGUGCUUCACAACAAGAAUGUAGAGCACAAGAGCAAAUUAGUGGUAUACAACGCCACUUGUAUCCAUCAGUUGAUAGCCUUGUUGCAUGGGGUCGACGACGAGAGUAUUCGCGAUGCGGCGCUGCGUGUAUUAAACGCUCUUUUCUUUGAUCAUAGUACACUGUAUAGUGUGCCCCAGAAGCAUGCUCUUCGACUGUUCUGGGCUAAGAAGGUAUCACACUUGCAGCGUGAAGAUGACAUCACGUCAGAACAGGUGUAUGCUCUCAAAGUGAUUCGCAAUGCUAUUGGCACGAUUGGCCUAAAUGAACUUUUACGCAGCACACAGGCACAGAAUCUCGUUUUACGCAUCCUUGCCAGGUACCCAGGAUUUCUCGCCGAGUAUGUUUCUGCGUUAUCGCUCCAACUUGAGCCAAAGCCCGUUUUCCGCUGGUUUUGUGUUGCGUCUUUGUUCCAAAGACUACUUUCAUGCUCGUUGAAAGCAGUGAGAAUUGGAAUGCCCACGCAUACGAGCAGUGAUGUGUCCUGGUGUUCUGCCGAGUCAGUUGCAUCACGGCUGAUUGCACCUGGCAAUUACCGUAAAGAGCUUUCUCGCUGUAUUCAGUACAAUAAUCAUCUCGUUAUUUACUCGUCUUUAGGUAUCAUUGAAGCGAUUUUAAAACGUUACGAACGCCUAGCAUCGACAUUAGUGUCGCUCAAUCUUGCUUCCCAAGUGCAACUGGAGCUUCGGAAUCUCCUUCCAAGUCCAGAAGCCCUUGUCUCGUUGCUUCUCAAGUUUUGUGCGUCACAAGAUCGAAGGAGUGCUCUCAUUUACGUUCGUGCUUUAGCUGUAUUCCGUCUGUAUCUCACAUCUCUUCCACAAACAACAAAAGAGGUAAAAGUUGACUUAACAAAGAUUCUAAAAUCGCAUUAUUUGGACAUCCACAACUCUGCGCAGCCCCUACAUAGUUUCAUUGUCACUGAGAUGCUACGCUUGCUGCUAGCAGUUGAUAUUGCACGUCUUCGUUUCCUCGUAACAAGCAUGGAUACAAAUGCACACUUCAAGUUGCGGCAGAUAUUGCUCUUGUUCGCAAUGGCAUCAUGUGAAAAUACUCAAAGUAUUUGUGAAAAAGUGCUUCAAAGGACAUUGUUAGCGAUAGAAAUUUUCGGCCAUGACACAAAUGACGUGCAUGGACGUGCUGGAGAAGAAGUGACUGUUUGGCUUGAAAGUUUGCGUCAGAGCCGUAGCAAAAGCUGUGCAAUGUUUAUGGAAGAACUUGUUCGUGCGGUCCUGGCCAAUAUACUUUCGUAUGUCGCCAGGGGACGUCUUGUGAUAACAGAAGAUUCGUCGUCGCUGAGUCCCGUGACUGUCGCUCUGGUCCAUUUCUUAGACUCACGUGGUGGAAAAGGUGAACACUCAAAGUUGUUUGCGUACCGUGGCGAUCCGUGCAUCGUGGCGUUUGGUGUGCGUAUUUUACUUGCGCUGAUGCCGACAAGCCAAUAUCCACACCAAUUUAUUAGUUUGAUAGUAUGCAACGAUGCGGAGAGGUUGCAAGAAAAGACCAAGGAGAGUUUAAGUGAUGCGCCGAAUGGCAAGAAGCAGAAUCAAUGUGUGGAGUCAGAAAUGGCGAGCUGUCAAGAAGAUGCGUAUGUGUGGCUGUGGAAGUAUUGCAAAACACUUAUUUCGGAUCAGCAAGUUGAUAAAAAUGCCAUUUCAAAAGAAUAUGGACAAGCUGUUAGCAGCAAGUGGCAACGUUACAGCGAUUCGAGUGCCUUUACAGUUGCGGUAUCGGCAGUGCCACCAACUGAGUUUAUUUCGUCCUGGGAUCAACUUGUCCGCGACUGCAUGACGACAGAUUGCUCGUUUACUCCUUUGAUUCACUAUCUGUAUGCUCACCCUGGCAUAGAUCUCAUGUCUUUUUUGAGAAAACAGACGGGUUCUGCAGCAGCACAAGCGUUCACAAAGGUAGUCCCAGUGUUUCUUGUUCUUCAACACGUCCUCUUGAAUAUUGCUGAUAAAGAUGCGAAGGACCAAAACGCAGCUAUUGCAACAGUCAUGAGCAUGGUUCGACAAAGACUUAAUCACCAGCAGCUUGCAGCAUCAGAUGCAGCACAAAUGUGCGAGCAACUUCUAUGGUUUUUUGCCACAAGUGGCUCAGUCGUUUCAGACACAUGUCACCAACUAUGCGAGCUGUUGCUACAGCUCAUGAUAUUUGCGCUGGCCUUAAAUGUUCCUUUAACAGUCUGGAAGCGCAUUCUUUUCAAGCUACAAGCUGUGGUGACUAGCACUAUGGACGGUGCACUCCGGCGACAGCUGGCCGCAGUACAGCUCGUUGCUUUGCGAAUUUACUCCAGCAGAAUGCCAAACACGGACAUGUCUGUAUUGUGUGACCUUCGUUUGCUGUUCCAACGCGCUGGUGUGCCGCUCAUUGCGAUUUUGGCGUCGCACGUUCCUAUGAGUGUUCAGAUCCAAGUGCUAGACGAUGUAUUGCACGAAUUUGGUGCGAUGACCAGUUAUUCACCGCAUGUUGUGAUUAUCGCACGAGUGAUUGCAUCACUGAAUUGCAACAAGGAAAGCGGCUCUCUUUUAAAGCACAGACGAGCAAAAAUUCUCGCCAGUAAGCUAUGGCUGCUUUUAACUUCCCAAAGUGAAAAGAAUUGGCACCUAUCGUUUUUCACGACAGGAUUUACAGCUCUUCGCCAAUUUGGUGGCGUCCAUGCCUCAACUGCUGUGGAGUCUAUUGAAAAUGCUCUUGUGCCACUCGUAAUACAAAAUGCAUCGACUGUGUCAAGUGGAACGAAGAUCCUGCAAGCAAUGUUUGCUGCCAUUCAGAGUGACAAUGAUGCUGCAUCGCUUCCAGUUGUGUUCGAAAAUCAUUUGUUAGAGCGAUUGCAAAAAGAAGAGGAGGAUCAUAUCAAUCUUGAGACACGUAUCGAUCGAUGCAGUACUAAAUGA